AUGGCCGAGUUCAUUGGUAGCAUUGAUCAGGGAACCACCAGCUCGAGGUUCUUGAUCUUCAACAAAGCUGGAGAGCCAGUCGCAUCUCAUCAAGAACCUGGAUGGCAUGAACACGACCCCGAGGAGAUUGUCUCCUCCGUACACAACUGCAUUGAGGGUGCUGUCGAGGCCUUCAAGAAAGAUGGAAACUCAGUGGACAGCAUCAAGGCCAUUGGCAUCACGAAUCGUGAGGAACUUUCUUUCCGCGAGACCACCGUUGUUUGGGAUAUCGAGUCAGGAGAGGCACUUUACAACGCCAUUGUCUGGACAGAUACUCGCUCCCAAGCUAUUGUGAAGGAGCUGAAGUCUCGCAAGGGCGCUGACGAGUUGAUGCAAAAGUGCGGUCUGCCGCUCUCCACAUAUCCCAGUGUCACCAAGCUUCUAUGGCUGCUGAAGAACGAGCCCAAGGUGAAGGAGGCAUACGAGAAAGGCACUCUUGCGUUCGGAACCAUUGAUGCAUGGCUUGUGUACAAGCUCAACGGACAUGAGAAGAGAGUCUUCGUCUCUGACCCAACCAAUGCCUCUCGCACAAUGUUCAUGGACAUCCACACACUCAAGUACAACCCUGAGCUGAUUGCCUUCUUCGGCGAUGACGAGUUUGAUCUCUCCAGAAUUCACAUGCCCGACAUUGUCAAGUCCUCGGACGCAAAGGCAUAUGGCAAGAUUGGUUCGGGAGUUUUGUCCGGCUUUAGCCUCACCGGAUGUUUGGGUGACCAGUCUGCUGCCCUGGUCGGUUCCUUUAUCUUGUACAACACUGGCAACAAGCCCGUCAUCUCCACCCACGGCCUGCUCACCACUGUGGCAUACGACUUUGACGGAACACCAAGCUAUGCUCUCGAGGGAUCCAUUGCAGUUGCUGGUUCGGGUGUCAAGUUCCUCAUGAACAACUUGGGUUUCAGCUUUGACUCGUCAAAAAUCACCGAGCUCGCAGGCACAGUGGAGAACAACGGCGGCCUCGUUUUCGUCACAGCAUUCAGUGGUCUCUUUGCACCAUACUGGAUCACCGAUACUCAGGGUACCAUCUUCGGUAUCACCCAACACACACAAAGAGGGCACAUUGCUCGCGCUACACUCGAGGCUGUCUGCUACCAGACAAAGGCAGUACUAGACGCCAUGGAGAAGGACAGCGGUCACCCUCUCCAAGAGCUCAAGGUCGAUGGUGGCAUGUCAAACAGCGAACUGUGCAUGCAAAUCCAAGCAGACAUUUUAGCCGAAAACAAGAUCCCCAUCGUCAGACCCAAGAUGCGCGAGACUACCGCAUUGGGAGCCGCCAUCGCCGCCGGCUUUGCCGCUGGCGUUUGGAAGAACUUUGAUGAGCUGAAGGAGGUCAACACUGCUGGUCAGACGGUCUUCGAGGCCAAGAUGGAGGCAAAGGAUAGCGCCAAGGGAGUCAAGCGCUGGGAAAGAGCAGUCAACAUGUGCCGAGGAUGGCUUGUCGACGACGAGUAG